AAACUCAUCUCGCAAAAGGCAGAAGGCGAAAAAAUUAUAAUAAUUUUUUUUAUUAAAUAAGAAAACAAAAAAGUGUUUGCAAUGAGUGGCAAACUGAAUACAAGUUCUCCGGUUUUACGGCAUAAUAACGAUAUGGAGCAAAAAUCCUCGACGACGACCGGCACGUUCCUUAGUUCGUAUACUAUUGGCUGGGGAAAGUUUCGUCCAAAAUGUCUGCAAAGAUUUUGUACAGCGAAAUGGGCACUUUUUUGGCUUUGCUGGGCAGGUGCUAUGCAAGGUCUAAUAGUAAAUGGUCUUAUUAAUGUGGUUAUUACGACAAUUGAGAAACGUUUCGGAUUACGUUCUCGUCAAACUGGACUUGUGGCAAGCGGUUACGACAUCGCCUCUUUUAUAUGCCUCAUACCGGUUACAUACUUUGGUGGUCAUACGAAUUCAUCGAAAUCUCGUAUCAUAGCCACUGGACUUUUGCUGCUCGGCUUAGGAUCCUUAGUAUUUUCAAUUCCACAUUUUCUUAUUGGCCAUUAUCGUGUCACUGCUGCUGAGACGAAUACAUGUUCCGUCCAAACGAAUGCAAUUAAUACAACGAUAUUUCAGGUUCAGUAUGAGAAUGAAGCAAAUACAAAUGGAAUGAUGAGCGAUGAUUAUGAAAAUCCCGUAUGGUUUGCUUGGUGGCUGUUCUUUGUAGCGCAAGUGUUGCACGGUGCUGGUGCGUCUCCGCUAUUCACACUCGGCGUUACCUAUAUAGAUGAGAAUGUUUCAAAGAAGAUGUCAUCUGUCUAUUUAGGAAUUUAUUAUACAAUGGCUAUGAUGGGACCCGCUUUCGGUUACGUGGUCGGCGGCCAAUUACUUUUGGUAUAUACAGAUUUUUUAUAUAUCGAUUCAAGCGAAUUGGGUCUGACAAGCGACAGUAAAGUGUGGAUAGGUGCUUGGUGGGUUGGUUUCCUCAUAGCCGCAAUUGUUUGCUUUCUACUAGCGAUAUCUAUUUCGGGUUAUCCAAAAGUUUUGCCGGGUGCUGAAAAAUUGCAAAAACAAAGAAGCUCAGAAGCGUACAACGAUAAUAAAACAUAUCAAGGGAACUCAUUCAAUUAUACGAAAUUCAAGGAAAUGCCCUUAGCCGUGGCAGUUCUAUUAAAAAAUCCAACUUUUUUUUUUUUAAAUUUAGCGGGCGCUUCUGAGGGUAUGAUCAUUGCAGGCUUUGCGGCAUUUUUACCUAAACUAAUUGAAAAUCAAUUCAGCAUUUCACCGGUAUUGUCUGCCCUAAUAAUGGGAUUGAUUACUAUACCAACCGGAGGAGGCGGCACAUUCUUAGGCGGAUAUUUGGUGAAGAAAUUUGAUCUAUCUUGCGGUGUUACCAUCGAUUAUCAUAAGAAUCAAACGUCUGAAGCAAGUUUGAACGCUAUGCAGUUAGAGGUCGCAUGCAAUGCAAAUUGCUCAUGCAGUCGUGAUAUAUAUGAUCCUGUUUGCGGUAUUAAUGGCAUAAUGUAUUAUAGUCCUUGCUUUGCGGGUUGCUCGGAUGAAUCGAUAAAGAACGAUGAAAUUAAAUCGUACGUAGAAUGUGAAUGCAUUCGAUACGAUAGUAUCCAUAACCAUACUUCUAAUUUUGAAGCGGUCAAUCUUAUAUGCCCAUCGAAGUGCAGUCGUCUGCCUUAUUUUGUGAUGCUAUGCUUCGCCCUUAUGCUUUUCACGUUUUUGGCGACUAUGCCGGCUUUAUCGGCCACACUGAGAUGUGUCUACGAUGACCAGCGUUCAUUCGCUUUGGGCAUACAAUGGAUAAAAGUGCGAUUGUUGGGGACAAUACCAGCGCCCAUGAUUUUUGGUACUCUUAUCGAUGAAACAUGCCUGCUAUGGCAACAACAACGUGGCGAUCAUCAAAGUGGAGCAUGUUUAGUCUACGAAAAUUUUCAUAUGAGCAAAUAUAUGUGGCUCUUGGCUUUCAUUGGUAAACUGUGUUCGGUUGUGUUUUUCUUUGCUGCUUGGUGGUUUUAUAUACCACCCAAGCAACAUGUUAAAAGCAAUAACAGCGGCACCAACAACAUCGCAGAUAUCAGUACAAUUGAUGCUAUGACGGGCUGA